AUGGACCACGACAGGCAAGAAGGCAGUUCAAAUCAUGGAAAGAGGACACGACCUUUGCUCUUACAGCCGAGUCCGAAAGUUACAAGGGCAUCUGCGUAUUCGGGAUCGUCAUCCAGUAGCGUUUUUAAAAAUUCUAAAAAAGUGUCUUCUAAAAAACCAAAGUUAACAUAUAAUAAAAGUGAUGUGCCAGCACCUGGCACUCCUGUUCCUGAGAAACAUGUCCGUAAGGCUGGUCCGUACUUGCUGGGUCCUAAGUUGGGACCCAGUCCCGUGAAAAGUAUUGUGCAGUGCUUAGCAAGGAAAGAGAGAACUGAUGAUUUUUAUCAGAUUAAAAUUUUAACAUUAAGGAAUGACAGUCAAAGUGAAACACAAGAUGAUAGGCAAGGAAAAAUGCUGUUACAUACAGAAUAUUCACUCCUGUCAUUGUUGAAAGAUCAAGAUGGUGUAAUUCAUCAUCAUGGUCUUUUUAAGGAUUAUGCUUUAGAAGAAGUGCCAAAUCCAUGUGGUUCAGGGUUCGUAUACACAGGCCGAGUGCGGCAACGAUUAUUCCUGGUACUGGAUUGCGUAACGUCACACCAGUUUAGUGAAAAAGGCUCUGAGCUAAUCAACCUUCAGCAGUACGUCACCAAAGUUAAAAAAGUGCCAGAAAAAGAAGCAAUUCUUAUAUUUUACGACAUAGUUAGGGUUGUUGGUAAUUUACAUAAAAGAAAUAUAGUGCAUAGAGAUUUAAAGUUAGGUAACAUAGUGUUGAAUCAAAGAACAGGGCGCAUCACCGUCACUAAUUUCUGCCUGGGCACUCAUCUGGGCAGCGACAGAGAUUUGCUCAAAGAUCAGAGAGGUUCCCCGGCGUACAUCUCGCCGGACGUGCUGCUGUGCAAGCCGUACUCGGGCAAGCCGUCGGACAUGUGGGCGCUGGGCGUGGUGCUGUACACGAUGCUGUACGGGCAGUUCCCCUUCUGCGACGCCAGUCUGGCCCAGCUGUUCACGCGCAUCCAGGCCGCCGCCUACAAUAUCCCGCCAGACGGCAACACGGUCCAGGUCUCGGACAAUACAGUGUUUUUGAUUCAAAGACUGCUGGUUAAAGACCCGAAACAUAGACUGUUGGCGGACGAAGUGUUAGAUCAGCUAUCGAGCAUCAUAGCUUCGUAUGUAAUUGUGCCGAAUCCACCAGAGGAAUUGCAAGUAGUUCCAGACGUGCCCCUAGAUGAGGAACCUAAGGAUAAAACACCAAACGGGAACCAGUCCUCUAAUGAACUGGACAGGAGACCGUUUUUAACUAUCCCCGAGUGUAAUGAGACACCCGUUGCUAAUGAGGAGCUGGGCGUGCUGUGCGUGGGGCUGCCCGAGCUGCUGGCGCUGGGCGUGCGCGGGGGCGGGCGCGGGGGCGCGGGAGGGGGCGCGGCGGGGGGCGGGGCGGGGGGCGGUGCGGCGGGGGCGCGCGCGUGCGUGCAGCGCGUGGGCCGCGACGCGCGCCCGCUGCUGCCCUGCGAGGUGGCCAGAUACCAGCACAUGUUCGCCGGCGGGGCGGUGGGGGCGGGGGCGGGGGCGCGGGGCGCGCGCGGGGCGGAGCUGCGCGUGCUGCCGUGGGCGGAGCGCGCGCGGGGGGAGCGGGGGGAGCGCGGGGAGCGGUGGGACGCGGACUACGUGCUGCGGCUGCCGGUGCUGGACCUGUCCAGGAUGCACCCCAACCGGAUAAUGAACCCGGCCCCGGUGCACUCCGUCAAUCCGGAGGCCGUAAUGAACAACCCUCGGCCGCCGAUCGAUAAUCAGGACGAGUUCAAUUUGAAUUCCUAA